AUGUUUGGUCCUGUCUUCUCUGAUCCUCCCCUUCUUCUACUGUCCCCAAUCCAUCUACUGAUAGAACAGAGCCUUGGGGGCAAGCUGCACGUGCACAGUUUGGUGUAUUUUUUAUCUUGGGAGAGUGCAUGUGAUCAGCACAGGGCCAAUCAGCACUGUCCAGGCAGAGGGUCAGGGGCUAUGCAGCCUCACAAGACAAUCAGGGGAGAAUGGAAACUCCCCCUACAAGCUUUAACCAGUGCUCGGCUGGACACUGACAGAAGUCACAAGACUGAUAUAUACUGCUUAUGAGAAAAGGUAUUUAGCAGUUUAUAUUUACUAA